AUGAUCUCUAUAGCAUCGGGGAAACCUAGCUCCGCCACUUCGCCAAAGCACCCGGAGAAGGUCGAGAUCGAAGGCAACUCCUACAAGCCAGACGAGUGGUUCAAUGUGCCGUCCAAUGUCAUUGCCGCCGCAUCGCGCAAGCUUCACCUACAGAAAGACCACCCGGUCUCCAUAACGAGGCAGAUCCUGGAGUCUGUGUUUCCGCAGCCGACUUUCAAAUCUUACAACGACUUUCACCCAGUUGUCUCAACCCACGAGAAUUUCGAUUCCCUGGGCUUUCCUCCCGAUCACCCAGGCAGGGCUAAGUCUGAUACAUACUAUAUCAACAAGGACACUCUACUACGAACGCAUACCAGUGCUCAUGAGGCACAGAUAUUCAGUGCAAACGAGAGCGACGGCUACCUGAUUGCCGCAGAUGUAUACAGACGAGAUGAGGUUGAUCGCAGCCACUACCCUGUCUUUCACCAGAUGGAAGGAGCUAGAAAAUGGGAUCGCACCAAGGUUCCAAAUGGCGACAUUGCAGCUGCUGUCUGGGCAGACCUGGAAAAGUUGCCUAAGCAUGACAUCAAAGUCGAGGACCCGAAUCCGCCGCAUCAUGCGGAGAGAAAUCCCGUGCAGGCGCAGCACCACUCCCCCGAGGAGGCGGAGGCGAUAGGAGCUCAUCUCAAGAGGUCCUUAGAGCUUAUGGUGGUCGAAAUUUUCACCCGUGCAAAGGCUGCCGCCAUGAAGGCAGAUCCGAAUUUCGUGGAUGAGCCUCUCAAGGUGAGAUGGGUUGAGGCUUACUUUCCGUUCACGAGUCCUUCCUGGGAGCUGGAGGUCUACUAUGCUGGAGACUGGCUUGAAGUGCUUGGUUGCGGAGUCACCCAACAAAGCAUGUAUAUCAAUGCUGCUCAGCCUUCGCAACUAGGGUGGGCUUUCGGCAUCGGUCUCGAUCGCAUCGCCAUGCUUCUGUUUCAAAUACCGGAUAUCCGUCUGUUCUGGUCGACAGAUCAGAGGUUCUUGAAGCAGUUCACAGGUGUUUCAGACAAUCUUGACCUCCUUCAGCGUUUUGUGCCCUUCUCAAAGUACCCGGCCUGUCCCAAGGAUGUGUCAUUCUGGCUACGAUCUUCCUCUGCUGCCGGAGGUAACACCAAACCGAACAUUCACGACUUCCACGAGAACGAUGUCAUGGAGGUCAUACGAAAUAUAGCCGGCGACAUCGUCGAGGAUGUGAAGCUAGUGGAUGAAUUUACCCAUCCCAAGACGGGCAGGAAGAGCUUGUGCUAUCGGAUCAACUAUCGAAGUCUGGAGCGGACAUUGACAAAUGUCGAGGUAAAUCAGCUUCACCACAACGUCACUGAAGCUCUUGUCGAGCGCCUAGGGGUUGAGAUCAGGUAA